AUGGAUCGUGGCCUCUCAACAGGCUCUAACCUGGGUGAGACUGGGCUUCGCGAGAGGACUACAAUGGCCUCUCAGUCCAACUCAAUUGCAAACGCCGAGGCUCUCUCUGCUACUGGCGAGGUCGAGGCUAAGGAUGAUGCACAGAAGGACAAGAAGACCUUCGGCCGCACCCCUGGUGGUACAGUAUUCACGGUGCCUCAAACACAUGACAUGGUCUCUCAACUCCUGUCACCAUCUGAGCCUAAGAACCUUUCCGAUAUCAUUGUUCUAUUUAUUUUGGGUGCCCAUAUUCUCUUACUAUGGCAACUCCCCCAGGGUGCAAAAGUCCCAGUGUUUGCCGCCGUCUAUCUCUUUUGGCGGGCGGCAUACAACAUUGGGAUCGGAUGGCUUCUGCACAAUCAAUCCCACCACAACACACUUGUUCGCUGGGCGGAGCAGACCAAGAUCUUUGUGAACCCGUCCACAAACCAGAAUCCCCAUCCUAACCUGUAUAAACUAAUCAAGCGCGAACUGGAGACCAAGGUCCCCGUCGAUUAUUCAUUUGACGAGGCCCCCCUCGAGUACAACACUUGGCUCGUCUUUCGUCGCCUCGUCGAUCUUAUUCUCAUGUGUGAUUUCAUAUCAUACUGUCUUUUUGCCAUAGCAUGUAGCCACCACCCCGUUGAUGAGGGUGUGCUGAUGACUAUUGUGCGCUGGUCGUCUGGUGUUGCUUUAGUGCUGUUCAACCUUUGGGUUAAACUCGAUGCUCAUCGCGUGGUGAAAGACUUUGCAUGGUAUUGGGGAGACUUUUUCUUUCUCAUUGACCAAGAGUUGACGUUCGACGGUGUUUUCGAGAUGGCUCCUCAUCCGAUGUACUCGGUCGGCUACGCCGGAUACUACGGCAUCUCGCUAAUGGCAGCAAGCUACAAAGUGCUGUUCAUUUCCAUUCUCGCCCAUGCAGCACAAUUUGCCUUCUUGGUCUUCGUCGAGAAUCCGCAUAUCGACAAGACGUACAAUCCACCUCCGCGCAAGCGUGUGACGGAGCAAGAUUCUGUAUCCACAUCUUCUCAGGCCAGCGAGCCUCCUUCGUCACCGGUUGAUGAACAACUGCCCCACGCGACAAACCACCCAACAAGCAACCCUCCUCCAUCGGUCCACAAUCUGCUAGGGUUCCACAACCUGGACCUGCAUCGGAUAACAGAUAGUUCUUCCUUGCUGGUCCAGUUCCUCGUAUUCGCCCUGACUGUCAUGACGCCAUCUACACCUCGCUAUCAAUUCAUCUUCGUGGCCAAUGCAGCAAUCUGGAGACUAUGGUUCUCCAUCGGUAUCGGAUACCUCCUCAUUCGUCAAUCAAACUGUAAAUCGUGGACUCGGCACUUUGUCAAGUAUGGCGAGACCCCUCUUGAAGCCUGGAAUCAGUGGAAGGGCACGUACCAUUUGAGUAUGAUCAUGUGCUACGCGAGCUUUAUUGCUGCUGCUUGGAAGAUGUACACGUUUCCUGCUGACUGGGGCUAUGGCCUGGUCUUGCUCCGGCAUGUUCUGGGUGUAGGGCUUAUUUGCCUGCAGACAUGGACAUCGGUCAGCAUCUACGAAUCUCUGGGCGAGUUCGGCUGGUUCUACGGUGAUUUCUUCUUCCAGGGGUCUCACAAAUUGACGUACAAUGGUAUCUAUCGCUUCCUGAACAAUCCCGAACGUGUUUUGGGUCUGGCAGGAGUUUGGGGUGCUGUUCUGAUCACAAGUAGCGGAGCGGUCAUCUUCCUCGCAUUAAUAAGUCACGUUUUAAGCAUGGCUUUCAUCCAAUUUGUGGAGCGUCCGCAUAUGCAGAAGCUCUAUGGCCAAAGCCUGCGACAAGAUGCGGGGCUUGUCAAGAGCCUCAAACGAUCCCUGCCCCCUUCGCUCCGCCAACUGCAUGGUAGCGUUGAUAAGAUUGUGGACGAAUCAUUUGAGUUCAUUGAAGAACUAAUCGAUACGGCGCGCCCUAAGCUUGCCGCUGGUGUUAACACAUUUGUGAAGGACACAACUGCCCUGUUCCAGACAUAUCCUGCUCGUGUUACCAUCUCCCGCAUAGACGAAGAUCUGGCUGGAUAUGAUUCGCGGGACUACUCCUUGGUGAUUGAGCGCACCGGAUCUUCUUCGGUUGACGAGAUUGACCUGCGUAGCGACACAGAAGAUUCAAGACAUUCGGUCUUUGAAUUCGGCGCACCGAUCAAGGUCCGGUGGACGGCGCCUUUAAAUCACAGCAAGAAAGAUUGGAUUGGUCUCUACCGCGUCACCGACAAUAUUUCAAGAGAGAUCACGCGGGUUUCUUCUCAAGGCAGAUGGAUCGCCACAAAUGCCGGUGUCUACGACAACCAAACAUGUGAAAAAGGCAUCGUGACCAGUGAUGUGAAAGUAUCGGCCUCGCAGCGCCCAGAUGGAGAGACAGACGAUAUGUUUACCGGGGAGGUUGUCUUCACUGGCGACAAGCUCUUCUGGACCCAGGGAGCCUUCGAGUUCCGCUAUCACCAUAACGGCAAGCACAAUGUCAUGGCGAUCUCCCGUCCCUUCGAGAUCUGUACCGCACGGUUUGACGAGGAGGAAUUCGUGGAGAGUAAUCAGGACGAUCUCCAAGCAUCCGUGGAGCUGAAGUUAUUGCCUGUGAUCCGCAACUGCUUGGACCAGGAUCCCGAGAUAGCACCCGAGACAGUGGAAGAACAGUUUGGCAGCCAAGUGGAACGAAACGGCAAGUAUGCCAAAAGAGUUGUAUUUGCCGUACACCAAAUGUUUGGGGUGGAAUUUGCGCCCGAGGUGGUUCGAGCUGAUGGAACAGUCCGCAAUCUUGCGUGGAGGAUUUGCAAUGCAAAGCGAGUCUUGGCUCCCUACAGCAUGACGAGCAACGGCACCUCUACUCCAAGUGAAAGACUAGAGAAGGCAGAGAUCGUGGCAUGAUAUCAUUUCAGCGCACAGUAUUUCGAACAUAUCCUCGAUUUAUCCUGCCGGUAUUCUCUCCUGAACGACUGGCAAUUAUUGCAAUUGCGCAUGUCAACUCACACCCUCCAACAACACAUGAAAAAUGAAAAGGGCAGGCAAGUACACAGCGUCGCACCAAAAUCAACAAGCUUAUAUUCUGUCAUGAUCAAAGCGAGUUCUUCUGCAGGACUACGCUUAUCCUCGGCUGACUAGUUCUACAUGUACAUAUGCUUUAAGCUAUACAUACGUAUCAUGGAAUGAUGUUUUUCGCAAAGUCUUCUUU